AUGAAGGUGGAGCUGGGCAGUGCCGCGGACAUUCACUUUGCCGUGACCAGCCACAACAUCGAAGCCAUCGUCAGGCACGUUUCUUCGGGAGGCGACGUCAACGCCAAGCUCCAGGGAGCGACGCCUCUGGGAGCAGCGCUCUGCAGGAAAGCAUGGGACACUGCGCAGAUUCUGCUGUCGCUUGGAGCUGAUGUGAACCAGUUCAGCCGAGACAGUGUUGGCCGUGAGGAACCACCGCUGUGCAUUGUCUGCCGCCUGGGAAAUGUCGACAUAGCAAAGAUGCUCCUUCGAAACCCUAGCAUCCGUGUGUGCCGCAGGGACAUGUUCGGCAAAACGCCUCUCUGGCUUGCUACCAAGCACGGACGGCGCGACCUCGUGUACCUUCUCCUCGUCCACAACUCCAGUGUGCGUGGCGCCACGUGCUUCGCCGACUGCCCCAUAUGGCUGUGCGCCCGCUACGGCGCGCGACACACCAUCGCCGACAUGCUUCUUGCUGCCGGAGCACCCCACGGCUGCCGCGACGGAGCAGGGAAGGACGACGUGGCCUGGGCGAUGGAGCGCGGGGAUGUAAAGCUGCUGACCGUGUUUCGGCUCGCUGGUUUCGGUGCCGGUAAAGUGUCGCCACCGAGCCUGCAGUGGCUGGCUAGGCGGGCCUACUGGAUAGGCCAGGAGGGUAGGAGGGAACCGAAGGGGCGGGACCUUGAGGGAAUGCCCAGAAGAAUCAGGGAUUAUGUGAUGCUCAAGGACAUCUACACGCAAAGCAGUCAGCGCUGAUGUCGUGAGGCCAUUACCCGAUUCUGUUUUCAAAGAAAGUGGUGCUCACCCUCCAUCUCGACAACUGCACAAUGCAGCAAAGGUUAGGGCUCUUGUCAGCCAAUCACUAAAAUAAAGCAAUAACCGUAGCAUUAGCAUGUGGGACGCAAGAAAGGUGGCAGGACAAAUGCUCGCCCUGUCACCUUUCUUGUGUCUGUUGCCUUCACGCUACAGUUAUUGCUUUAAGUAUGAACUGACUAGCUCAAGAUUAAGUGCUGCUAAGCAAUCCGUACAAAGAGCUGGCUGUGUAGUCUGACAGGGGAAGGAGGGCUUGCCCAUUGUUAGCCGCUGAUCCUUCGGUGAAGCUUCCAUUCAGGUGGCCUCACGCGGAGGGCGAUCAGAGGAGGUUGUUCCGAGGACCCCCUUCUUCUGGUUCUUCUUUUCGAUUGGCUGGCAUGACCUGUAGCUUUCUCUGCACUUUGUGGAGUUGGUGAGAGUAUAGAUAUUGCAUACGUAGCCCUCUGAGUUGAGGGUCCCAAGUUUCGCACAAUUCCGAUACAGCACUGCGUGCUGACCUGUGUGUUUGAGACCUAGCGCUGGCAUGUUCGGGUUGUGUGUACUGAACUACGUCUUGUUAGGCAUUUGGUGAAGCCAUAUCAGUGCAAAUAAAACAGACAAAAAGCAAAAGACAAGGCACCACAGGCGCUCAUGGUGUCCGGUCUUCUGUUCUUUGUGUCUGUUUUAUGUGCGUUGAUAUCAUCAAGUAUCAACCAACUAGCCCAAGAACAAGUUAUCUUAAAUUAGGAAAAAGGCACAGGGGUGCACGGGAACCUGCGUAAGAAUUGUACUAUCAGCAUAGAAAACUUAAGACCUGAGAAAAAAAUUGAAUAUUUCUGCAGCCUGGGCAUGUGUUCUGGCAUUCAAAUUUGAAAUUUGUACUAGUAUACCCACAGAUAGCAUUGUGCAGUUUUAAUGACUGGAAACACAAACUGUUAGGAAAUUAAACUUUUUUCACGGAACUGACAUCCUGUAAAUUUCUGACACUAGUGAGAAGGUUCAAUUACUGUCACAUACAUCAGCACAAAAUAUGACAGGUUCCAUUGUAAACUGUUUUCUGAACAGAACAUAGAUAGAGCUGUCCAUUUUCAUCCAUGGAGAAAGUACUGCCUAGACAUUGCAUACGUAGACAGGCUUCAGAUUCAUACGAGUCUCAAGAUUCCACGGGGCUGAAGUGCAAUAUUUGCUUUUGUACACACCUCUGUUCUUGGCAUAUUAAAAUGGCCCCAUCAUAUGUAGCCACGGAGCCACCUGGUUUCAUGCAGAUCAGAGAAAUGCAAGUAAAGUGAGUUUGGUUGGCAGUAAUAUCUGUGCUGUCUACUAAUAGCAACUAGUACAAUGAUACAAGCCUGUUCUGCAAAACCAGAUGACCUUUUGACAUCAGGCUUGUAGAACAUCGUACGCAAAGGAUACGAGUCAUAGUUUUGCUGUUCACUAGCUUGAUUGAAAGAAAAGGUGGGGUGGGGUAUGGGAACGUGCAGACAUGAAUGAUGAAGCACUUGCCAGCUGCUUACCCGUUUUGCUGCAUCAUCAGUAUAGGCUAGUGCUGGUAUCAAAGUAGUGCUUGUGAUUAUGAGGAAUGUGGCUUUUGCUGUUGAUGCUAUGCACAGUUCCCCCACCCACCUUUAGAGACGUGGAAUAUCUGGUUUUGAUAAAAUGUAACACACGGUAUUGGCAUGCGACGUGGUCGUAACUGUUGGCUAUGUGCUCUCAUGUUGCUGACAACAGAUCUGAGCUCUGUACAUUGGCAUACAAGUCACCUGGUGAAGUGAUGCUUUAUUUUUGUUUUUUCUUGAGGAAUGGCUAGUUGUGUAAUUCGAAGUGAGAACUGGAACAGUAACCAAGAUCAGUAAAUGAGUGAACAUGAUCUGGAUCGGUGAACUGGAUCAGGUUCAUGAGUGAAGUGUCCUAAUGCCAUCUGCUGUGUCAACUUAGGGAUGAAUGGUUAUGUUUGUGCUGCAUGCCUGGUGUGAUGAGGUCACUUAGCUACAAUACUCGGGAUAAUUAUAUCCUGCAUUGUUAAAGGAAUUGUUAAUUAAUAACAGGAUAAUAAAGAGAGAUAUUAAGCGACCUUAGAAAUAUGGUUGAUGCUUCUGAAAUUUGUGAAUAGGUCAGCUUUGCUGUGAGCGCAAGCGUGAUAAGCCAGAAAGAGCGCAAGAAUGGAAGGUUGGUGGUAAUACCACAUUGAAAUUCCUGUACCAGCUGCUCAUGAUCACUUCUUAAUACAGCAAUCUCGAGAAAUGAUGCAGUUCGCUGUAGGCAAAGUACGCUCGUUCGUGGUCUCUUAUUAGAGGCCCCUACUGCAUUUGGGACCUGGAGGCAGCCGAAGCCUUAGCUAGUGAGGCUGUCCAGAACAAGUUUUCAACAUGCAGUAGCAUUUCUGUGUGAAAUGUGACCACAAUUUGCACCUAAUAUCAAUACUACAAUCACUUUGUUUACACUGUACUACAUUGUAUAAGUACUAGAUAGUGACUGCCACUAUGGUAAGUACUACGUGCACCCUGCAUAAAAUGUUUCAAGCCGUCAGAAGUGGCAGCUGUUUUUAUGGAUCUUAUAAAGGUACAAUUGAACUUCGAUAUAACAAAUUAUUUGAUACUGAAGUAAAUCUAAGACCUUUCUCACUGAUAUCAGCACGUAACAAAUAUAUGCUUAUAAAAAACAUACUAUAACGGUAGGCAAGAGUAUUCCUUGCCAGAUGUGGCUUUGUCAUAACAAGGUUCAGUUGUACAUGGUAGCAACCAUUCCUUAUGCCCACAUUUUUUUCUUCUCUUAGCAGAUGAAAUCUGUAAAACUCUUUUCAUCUGUUAAGUUAAAUUGUUUAUUUGUCUAGCUCCUGCAGAGAUAUAAUAUGUAAAAGAGCUUCUAUGCAGAUUAUAUGGUGCAUUUUUUUUUUCUCUGUAUAGUUAUGUACCAUUGGUCACUUUUGAAUGGCUGGUGUAGUUGCUUUUACAGUACUCAAUUACUUUGGUGACUUAUGAUCUCUGUGAAGGUGUUUCACUGAAGCCAUGGGUGCAAUAGUACCGUAAUGAUAGCAUAUGGCAACAAAGAAAGCAUUUAUAGUGCACUACGUCAUUGAAGUUACAUAUUUAUGGAAUACCGCAAGACUUCUGUGCCUUGAGAUUCUCAGUGUGAUGCUUUGAGUCGGUCGACGAGCUGCACACGCAAGUCUUUCUCAUUGUGCUGGUAUAUGUUUGCAGUAGACCAAAGACUCUCGACCUUGUAGCCUGUGUAUCAAGACAAAGGGGAAACAGUUGUGGUUGAAGAUGUUUGUUAUUGCCGUCGCCGUCUUAUUUAUCGCGAGACCAAGUUUGCAGUGUGAUGUGUUGGCUGGGGAAUGUUUCAAGAUGGUCUCUAUUUUCACUGCUGUCUUACUAUUUAUCACGUUGGAAAUAUCUUGCACUAUGCAGUGUGUGAAACAGUGCUGUAUUCUCUCUAGUCAAGUUUGUCGAUCAGUUAGCACUGCUGUCUUGCAUUUUAAAUGUGUGGAUAAGUGAUGAUGUCUUGGAACGAAAGCUCCCUCCAUUUGACGUCAAUUCGCACGCUGAACCUAUUAGAAAGAAUUUCCUACAUUUAGCCUUAGGCCCACGACUAGACCUUUUGUAAUAGCAGGUUCGGAAAAGGCUAGUAAGAUAAAAGUCCCACCUUGACGGUGGUUGCUGGUUUCACUGGUUACUGUACGGGUGACGUAUGAACUGAUGUACUGUGCGUCACAGAAGUUUCCAUGCCAAAGUGGUAGCAGCCUGCUCGAACAUAUGUGGACGCACCGAGCUUGGCGGCAAUGAGCCGACUUGAGCCAGUAGAGGAUUCCAGAGUCCUCUAUUACUCUGAAAUCAUGCAUGUUAGCAGGCAGUAGUACUGCUACAUGGCAGUAUGUUAGAGCCAGCAGCAUGUGAUCUGGCCUGGUAACUUUUGUGACAGAUAGUAGUAUAGUUGUGCUGAUAUGAAAGUGAUUGUGACCACAUUGACCAGAUUUUAUGAAUAGGUCUAUUUUAGCUUCAUCUUGAUCUCCUGAAAAAUAAAUGUUGCAGGAUGAAAAAAAGGUAGAGAACAGUCUAAAUUGAUGCGCCUCCUAGCGCUCCAUGCACAAAAUUUGCUGCAUCAGGACAUUGUUAUCCAGCUUGGUUAAGCCCAAAGUGAUUACGUCAAUUUUGUGUGCGACUGUACAGUCUUGGGCUUUAUGAACGUGAACACAGGAUCGCCUACCACUUUAUGCAGGCAGAGCACUCUUGUGAGCAGCUAGUGCAUUCUCGUUGUGUAAAGGUUUAACAGAUGCACUGCUUAAUCACUCACAUGUCUGAUACAGUCAAUACUGCACAGCAUCUGAAAAUGAUGGAACAUGCAGUCUUGUGCUUAAGUGCAUUGACCUACGGUCUGGCAGUAGGCUGUAGCAGAUGGCUCACAUGCACAUUAUCUAUUUUCUAGACAAGCCAUGGGAGUGCACUAGCCACCUGCCAGAAUGCUCUGCCAGUACCGAGCAGCAAGUGCUCACAUGUUCACUAUCAAAGAUAGUGACUAUCUGCCAUUUGCACCCAUGGUGAUAAUAUGAUCACAGUGCCCCAUGGCCAUUAUAUGAUCCAUGUCUGGACACGUAAUGAUUGCGCAAAACUGUGCGUGCAUGGUUCAGGAAGCUUCGUUAUUUGUCGGCAGUGGCUUUGUAGCUCAGUAGGAGAGAUCUCCCUUCGUCAAAGUGUUCACUGAGCUGUGCAGACUCGCACACAUAUGAAUCUCGCUGUUUCGUGAAAGCCGGAACAGGUGUGCAAGGCUUAACUGACAAUGUGCAAUGUUUCUCGAGGUACAGAGAAGUUGGUGCCAAAGUCUGGGUGUUUAUUUUUUUUGCCUAGUCUUCAAUGCGGCACGCGUGCAACCCUCCUCUGGUGCUGUGGCGAGAUGUAUUUGUAUUCGUGGUUGUGUUGGUGGCACACUUUUGAAUAAAGGUUUUGAGAUUGCCUUGA